GGCGGCCAGUUGUUCUUUGUCUUUGGUUUGAGUUAGAUCGUUUCGGCUGUAACUUCUAUCGAAUCGAAUCGGUCGCGUUUCGCGUUCGGUUCUCUGUAUCGCGCAAAUCAAUCUGCGUUUAUAUUUUAUUUUGUUCUGUGACGCUGCUAACUGAUAAUAGUCGUGUUCAACAAAUUGGUAGCGUCGAAGAAGCUUGUCUUCAUUUGUUCACUGGACAGCGGUCAGAGUGGACCAACGACUGCUGGUAAAAGCUCUCCCCCAGGUCCUAACUGUGGGAAGACCAGAAAAGAAAGAAAGAAAAAUUGACGAUCUUCGCUGAAGAUGAAAUAGUGGGUGAAGAGAAAGAAAGUACAUCAAAGUGAUUCUUCUGUUUUUGUGAAUGGUCGGCGUGAUUCAUUAGAAAGUACGCCAGAAUUCUUCGAAGGCAAGACAAAAACCGAAAAGAGUGAGAAGAAAUAAAAGUGAUUUAAGAGAGCCAAAGUGUGUGAGUGGGUGUACAAAAGCAUGGAUAUUCUGCAGCAGGAAGUGCGGGGCAUUGCUCUUUCCACGAUCAGCGUGGAUCCGCAUGCUCCGGUUUAUGGUGCAACGACGGUUCCCCUGAACCGCAAGGACUCGAGAAAUCUAGACCAGGCGAUGGUGUUGAAUAACACUGGUCAUGGCUAUAACAACAACAACGGUCACUAUCAGUCGCACAACGAUAUCGAGGCGCAUCACAUUCGUACGUUCCAGAAUCUGCCACCGUGCGAACCGGUGGAUAUCCAGUUCAAGGAUGUGUCGUACUGUGUUAGCAUGGGAUUCAGGAAAGGUCAAAAAGAGAUUCUCCACAAAGUGAACGGAAAAUUUCCCGGAUCGCAACUCAUUGCCAUCAUGGGCCCUUCGGGUGCCGGUAAAUCGACCCUGCUGGAUGUUCUGUCCGGUUACAGGCGGACCGGAGUGGAGGGAGCCGUGUAUGUGAACGGCCGUAUCCGAAAGUUGAACAGCUUCCGGCGUAUGACCUGCUACAUAACCCAGGACGAUCGGUUGCAAACGCUGCUAACGGUACUGGAAAACAUGAGAAUCGCUGCUGAUCUGAAGCUGGGCCCGGAGGUGUCGAAGCAUGAGAAAGAGUCGAUCAUCGAGGAUAUCCUGACCGUGUUGGGUCUCUAUGAACACCAGUACACCAUCACCAGUCGGUUAUCGGGCGGUCAGAGGAAGCGGUUGUCUAUAGCAUUGGAGCUCAUCAACAACCCUACGAUAAUGUUUCUGGAUGAACCAACCACCGGUUUGGACAGCUACUCCUGCAAUCAGGUGGUGGAGCUCUUGAAGACACUGGCUAAGCAGGGACGCACCAUCAUCUGCACCAUCCAUCAACCGUCGGCCAAAUUGUUCCAGGAGUUUGACCAGGUGUACGUACUUUCUAACGGCGAAUGUAUGUAUCAGGGGUGCACCAACAGCCUCGUGCCAUUCCUGCAGUCAGUCGACAUGCCCUGCCCGGUGUACCACAAUCCUGCGGAUUACGUCAUUGAAUUGGCCUGCGGAGAGCACGGCCCGGAUAAGAUCCAAACCAUGGUCAUGGAGAUGGGCAACGGAGAAAGCACCGAUUGGUUUGGGGACCGGCGGAAGAUUCUCAAACUGGAGCAGCUGCGGAAAAAGUAUCCGCUCAAGAAGAUUAUCGAGCAGAGCGAGGAUCUGCAUGCGACUUCCCAGUGGCACCAGCUGGAGGUACUGAUCAAGCGGGGGAUUAUCAAGGCCAAAAGGGAUGCCACGCUGACUCACUUACGUUUCGGGGUCAACAUUAGUAUCGCUGUCAUGUUGGGGUUCUUGUUCAUCAACGCCGGUAAUGAGGGCUCGCGAGUGCUGGACAAUUACAACUUGCUGUUUUCGAUUCUAAUGCAUCACAUGAUGGCGACCAUGAUGUUGACGGUGCUGACAUUCCCCACCGAGAUGGGAGUGAUCCUGAAGGAACACUUCAACCGUUGGUACACGCUGAAAAGUUACUAUUUGUCCGUGAAUAUCCUUGAUCUACCACUUUCGUUCACCUGCUGUAUGAUCUUCACCUGUAUAAUCUACUUCAUGAGUAGUCAACCAAUGGAACUGUCCCGUUUCGGGAUGUUCUUUGCGAUCAGCUUCCUGAUAGUGUUGAUCGCACAAAGUAUCGGUCUGGCGAUCGGAGCGUGGUUCAACGUUGUGAACGGAACCUUCCUCGGUCCGGUGCUGUCCAUCCCGAUGAUGAUGUUUGCCGGCUUCGGUGUCACGCUGCGUGACUUGCCCAGUUAUUUGAAGUGGGGAUCGCACAUCUCCUAUCUUCGAUACGGGUUGGAGGGUUACGUAAAUGCGAUCUACGGCGAGAACCGAGCCACGAUGGACUGCGAACUGAAACCGUACUGUCACUAUAGGUACCCCGCGAAGUUCCUGUCGGAGAUCUCGAUGGAGGGCGAUCAGUUCUGGAAGGAUAUAUACGCCCUGUCGAUCACUCUGGUGCUGGUUCGAGUGCUGUGUUACUUUGCCCUCCGGUGGAAGGUUAUGGCUGUGCGAUGAAGUGUGGGUCAAACAUGUAGAUAUUAGCACGACGCUUUCAUAUACUGGUAGAGAGUAGAUUGCUAGAGUAGCUAGGUGCGAGAACGUUUUAAACUAUGAUAUUCGCAGACCCUCGAGGUCAUCCCUAUUGGGACGGCUCAGACUCGUGAUUAUGCCAAAUCGUUUGCCAAACUUUCGAUGCGGAGCAGAAAAUUGCCAGAUAGUAUUUUCUGCGCAAUGCCGUAUCUAUUCCAAACAUAAUUGCUAGUGAUAUUUAUUUGUGUAAGGAAAAUAUUCAUCGUUCAUAUUUUUUUGCCUUUUACUUUAGUAUUUUAUAAAUACACAGUACCAUAUAA